AUGAACAAUACCCUCGCCACCCGGGUGUUGUUGUUGGGAGCGGCGGUGCUGCUAGUCCUCAACUGGUUCAUAUUCCGAGAGGUAAUGCAGCGGCCAACGGGAAGCGAGGCGGAGGGGGGGAGGGCGGCAAUAGCUGCAGAGAUGCACAAGAAAGUCGCGGUGGACAUCAUCGAACUGCAGCUGGAGCGGAAGGAGACGCGCAUCCGCCAGCUGGAGCGCGAUCUUGAUCUGGCCACCCACUCGGGAGCUGGUACCGGAGCAGGGGGGAGAGGGGCACGCGAGCCGCAGGUGCUGAGCGUGGGGUGGGAGUGGAGCGGACGCAAGACACGCAAGGUGACCUUCCACGACGGCAACACUGCCUACGUGUACGCCACCACCUACGACGGCUCCAUGGCCUCGCCCGACCAGCCCACAGUGGACUGGUGGGACAAGGUGGACAACCGUUGGUGGGAGAUGGACACCUACUUCAUCUACAAGACCUUCAUCGGACCCCAGAGUUCCUUCAUCGAUUUCGGCGCCUGGAUAGGACCCACCGUCCUCUACGGCGCCACUCUGGCCAAGGCUGCGUACGCGCUGGAGCCCGACCCAUACGCGUUUGACGAGCUGCGAGCCAACGUCGCCCUCAACCCGGAGCUGCAGGCCAAGACCAAGGUGUACUGGCGCUGCAUCAUGGACAAGCCUGGUAUCUACCCGAUGGGAGGCGGCGGAGGCGACAGCAUGGCCACCGUAGGGCAGGGCACCCACCCCAAGAGCUGGAAGGUGGACUGCCUCACGCUGCCCCAAUUCAUCGAGGAACACCGGAUCGAGAACCUCGACCUCAUCAAGAUGGAUACCGAGGGGGCCGAGCAUAUCAUCCUGCCCUCCUUCAAGAGCUGGCUCCUGAAGCAAACCAAAAAGCCGACGCUGUGGCUCAGCAUCCACAAGUGGAACUUCGGCCCAGGAGGCGAGGAGGCCGUGCUGGACGUGCUGCGUCUGUACAGGCGCGUGCUCGAGGGCGACUCACUCACGCUCGACCUCAACACUUACGUGCUCUGCAACUUCUGCACCAUCCUUGCCACCGACUCGGACGCGCCCAUCUACCGCGGAUGA